CGAUGGCGGCGGGCGGCGGGCGGGAGGCGACGGGCGCCUCAUGAGGAGGCACAAAUCAGCAAGAACCUGGACCAGGAAAACUCCCACCAUGCAGCCAAACUGCGGCCACCUCCACAGCAUCGCGGGGAGCGGCGAUCCCUGUCCGGCGGGAGACAGCUCCUGCCAUCCCAGCCCCGGGGCCGUGCACAUCCAGCUGGGAGAGGCCAGGGAGAGCACGAGCUCCAGGCAGGGCUCCCAGAGCCGCUCCCACGGCCAUGGGGAAGCAGCAGGGCCGGAGGAUCCCGGCCCGGACUCGGAGGAUCCUGGCGGCGGCUCCCUGGCGGAGCUGCGCUACCUCCUGCAGUGGCUGCACAAGAGCCUGCCCUACCUCCUGAUCCUCUGUGUCAAACUCCUCAUGCAGCACCUCAGUGGCAUUUCUCUUGGAAUUGGGCUGCUAACAACUUAUGCCUAUGCAAACAAAAGCAUAGUAAAUCAGGUUUUUCUAAGAGAACGGUGCUCCAAGCUGCAGUGCACCUGGUUACUGCUGUACCUGAGUGGAUCAGCCCUGCUCCUGUACUACACCUUUCAUUCUCAGUCCCUGUACUACAGCUUAAUCUUCUUAAACCCUACGGUGGAUUUUAUGAACUUCUGGGAGGUACUUUGGAUUGUGGGAGUCACGGAUUUUAUUCUGAAAUUCCUCUUCAUGGGCUUCAAGUGCUUUAUUCUCUUGGUGCCUUCUUUUAUCAUGUCCUUUAAAUCCAAGGGCUACUGGUACCUGCUGUUGGAAGAACUCUGCCAGUAUUACCGAAUGUUUGUCCCCAUCCCAGUGUGGUUCCGUUUUCUCAUUGCCCAUGGGGAGCUGGACAGUGGCCUGGGAUGGACCCUUGGGAUCCUGCUGGGCCUUCUCUACCUCAUCCUAAAGCUUUUGAGCUUUUUUGGACAACUGAGAAACUUCAGGCAGGUUUUACGGAUAUUUUUUACACGCCCACACUAUGGGGUGCCAGCCAGCAAGAGACAGUGCUCAGAAUCAGAUGAUAUCUGUCCCAUCUGCCAAGCUGAAUUUCAGAAGCCUAUUCUGCUCAUCUGUCAGCACACAUUUUGUGAAGAAUGCAUCAGUUUGUGGUUUAAUAGAGAAAAAACGUGUCCCCUCUGCAGAACUGUCAUUUCAGACCACGUUAACAAGUGGAAGGAUGGAGCCACAUCAAUGCACCUCCAGAUUUUCUAAAGCUUCUCAAACAACUUGGUUUGUUCCCUCUGAGUUUUCUCAGUUUCCUGCCGAUUCACUUGUAGGAGCUUUCCCAGUUCUACAGCCCAGGCUCCUACCAAACGUUCCAGUUUUUAAAACAGAGCAGAAAAUGGGAACUUGGCCUUUUUUACGCAGAGAAAACUUAAGUUUUCAGAAUGAAUGCAGACAAAGCCAGCAUUGCUUCUCUUGUGACUGUCAUAGGAACCAGAGAAAUCCUGAAAUAUGCUGCAUUAAGACUUAAUUCAACAUUCUGAGUUCCAGACUGUGCUAAACUCUAUUUAUCCUCCUAACAUGACUCAACCCCAAAGGUCCACCUACCACUUUUAUUUGAGCAAGCUUUAUCCUCUGGACUACAGUGAGAAUUAGAGCUCCUUGUCACACUUGGCAUUAAAGAUCCUUCAGUGCUUGCCCACUCAAUUAAAUUGCUUUUUUACUCAUGCACCUGUACCAGCAACUGUUUCUCACUGUACCUGGAUAAGCACAAGAAUGUUUCCCUUUAGGUUCUUGUAGGCUCCUAAUGGAUCUUUGGCUUAACCUUUUGCCUUUAAACCAACCUCUGAUGGUAGUUUUUUACUGAGCAUUUUAUAAAGCUGGUAUUUUUAAAACAGAUCUUUAAUAUUAUAUUUUUUGUCGUGACAGGAACCAGAUUUUCUUACAGGGGAGAAUCUAUUUUAUACUGCAUUUGCAAAUUUGUAGUAUGCAUAAAAAUCAGAGAGAAUAAAAGCAUUUAAAUCUACUUGUUUGGUGCAUGUUGAAUAAAGAAAGAUUUGUUACUGUUUGAGUAUUUAAA